CUUUGAAAGUUGAUGUUUAAAGUUUCAAUGAUUGUGAUACAAAGUACAAAGUUGAAGAGUGAAAAAUGAUGUUGAUGUUUGCCAAGUUAAUUGUUAGACUGUCAAGUUGAAUGUUGUGAUCAACUUUGAUUUUUGGCGGGGAUGGAACUCCAUAUAAAUGAAGUCAUUAACGUUUGUUUGUUUGUUUGUUUGUUUUUUGUUCCUUUGCUAUAUAAAGUAAAUGGAUUCCAUGUCAUGUUGCUGUGAAUCUCUGAGGCAAAUACAGCUAGGAUUUUUAUAAAAGGGGGUUUGAGAUAUACAAACCACUGAAGGUGGUCUCCUUUUGGGAGGUCCAGGGCUAUCCUCACCCGAGAAAUUUUUAAAACUGUGGUCCUCAGAAAUUGGAUUUCUGGCUUUCUGAAGCCAAGUCAGCAUGUUGUAAUGUGUCAACCUUUUUCAUUUAGGGGGUUCGACCCAAUCCCCCAAGACCCAUCCUAGUAUCUGUUACUGAUCACAGAAGAUGUUAAAAUUUUAUAAGAACAUGAGUCACACACUCAGCUAUCACCUUGAUGUCAUCUGUUGUCAAUUACUGAACAGAUGCAUGGAAACAUUGAACCUCUGUUAAGUUGACAACAGGUAUUAUAAAAGCAGCCUUCAUGGUUUCUGUUUUUUUGGUUUAUUUAGGAAUUUGAGAAAGUCCCUGCUUUUAUGACAACAGCCCCAACACAAGAAGAAAUAGAUAAUAACCCUGCCUUAGCAGCUCUUCAAGCUAUUAAAUAUGAAGAUGAAGACCCUGUAGCAAGAGCUGAAGCAUACAAGGAAGAUGGAAAUUAUGAAUACAAAAGAAAAAACUUCAAGGAAGCCAUUGCAGCCUACACAGAGGGAAUCAAAAUCAAGUGCGAUGAUGCUGGGCUCAAUGCUAUUCUGUACACUAACAGAGCCACAGCCCAAUUCUGUCUAGGAAAUAAUCGCAGUGCACUGAAUGAUGCAACAGCUGCAAGGACAUUGCAACCAACUUACAUGAAGGCUAUUUUAAGAGGUGCAAGCGCUUGUGUGGAACUUCGAAAAUAUGACGACGCUGUACAAUGGUGCGAUGAUGGUUUAGUGAUUGAAGCACAAAAUAAGAGGCUGUUGGAGAUUCGAAACAAGUCUCUUGCUGAACAGAAAAAGGUGCUGAGAGAUCAAAGAAAAGCCAUGUUGAAGGAAAAGAAAGAGAAAUCUGAAACAGAAGCAUUGUUAACAGCUGUGAAGGCAUGUGGUGUCAAAUUAGAACAUGAGGACGACCUUGUGAGACCCAUAACUGAUGGUGGUCUGGAUAUCAAGGUUUCUAUGGACAGCACUGGUGUUAUCUACUGGCCAGUUGUGUUUGUUUACCCAGAGUUUGAAGAGACAGACUUGAUAUCUUCAUUUAAUGAGAAUAACAGACUCUCUGAUCACCUGUAUGCCAUGUUUGAGGAAGAAUCUCCACCUUGGGAUGUAGAAAGAAAAUACAGACUAGCGAAUCUUGAGGUGUGUAACUGUGGCUGUUGAAUACUUGUAUCAUACUGGUAGUUUGAUGUGUAAAAACUACAGAAACAUUGGAAACUGAGAUCGGACGCAGAUGGUCUUUUUUUUUUUUUUU